UUGAAAUCCUCACCACUGUUGGGCUUUUUUUGUGUGUACGAAUAACAACUCAUCCCCCACCAUCGCUGGCUGCAACACAACAACCAAACUGUACAAGCACAACACUGUGCGAGCAGCAGCCUAUCAUCCAAGCAAGCAAGCAAGCAAAAGCAAGCAAGCGGUCGAGUGUGUUCGCGGCAAACAAACAACAUGGCGUCGCCUGAGCAGAGGGAGUUUAUGGUCAAGAAGAAGAACAAGCGUGGCAAGCUGCAAGACCGCAAGAUUAUCAUUGACCAUGAGCAGAUGGUGGUGCGGACGAAGACCCCGCAAGGGAAACUGCGUCGCGAGAUCAAGAUUAUGUUCCUCAGAGAGAUCAACGUGAUUGCAGCAGAUGGGUUUGAGUUUGUAGUCAAGAUUCGCUGGCAAGACCGUGCACCCACAGAUCACCCGGUGUACUUCCUCAUCUUCGACGACGCAAAGGCACAGCGCAGCUUUGCCAAGCAGCUGCUGGACCUCCGCAUCCAGUCCACAGGGUUCCCGCCAAAGGGGAAUGCCGUAGAUGUGCUGAAGCAAGAAGUCGAAGCAGAGGCGUCUGACGACCAAGGCGCCAGCAUCCACGCGCCACCCGCACAGCAGGGCAAGCAGCCCGAAGCGGGCCAGGAGCGCGCGAGCGUGGCCUCCAAUGCCAGCGCGUCGUCGUCGGACAGCGAGGAAGUCGGUGCCAUGGGCAAAAUCAACACCACCCGCUUGCCAGAGGAUGAACCGCCCAGCACAGAGAACACAGUCACCGUCAUCACCGUCCUUGGCGCUUCUGGUUAUCUCGCAAAGAGCAAAGUCUACCCCGUGCUCUGGACCAUGUAUCGCAAGAGCCUGAUCCCGCGCUCGUCGCUGUUUGUCGGGUAUGCGCGGAGCAAGUUCACCAGUGAGGAGUUUAUGGGCCGCCUUCGCCCGCAUCUCGAGGCGUCGGAAGAGGACGCGACGCUCCUGGACAAGUUUUUGCACCGCUGCGAGUACCAAGUCGGCACCUACGACGAAGAGGAGUCGUUCCGGAAGCUGAACGAAUACAUUGAUCUUCGUGUCGCUGCCAAGGGCAAACUGUACAGCAACCGUGUGUUCUACCUUGCUCUCCCCAUCCCCGUCAUCAAGACCGUCACAGAACACCUCAGCAAGCACUGCCAGGCACAGGCCGGGUGGACGCGCAUUGUGCUGGAAAAACCGUUUGGAACAGACCUGGAGUCGUUCAAAUCGCUCAGCGCGCACCUGUUGAAGAGUUUCAAGGAGGAGCAGAUUUACCGCAUGGACCACUAUCUUGGCAAGGAGAUGGUGCAGAACUUGCUGCUGCUGCGCUUUGGCAACCGCAUUUUCCAUUCCGUGUGGAACCGCAACCACAUCAAGGCUGUUAUCAUCUCCGUGAAAGAGCCGACGGCCCUGGGCGUCUACAACACCUACUUUGACCAGCAGGGCAUCAUCAGGGACAUGAUCCAGAACCACCUGCUGCAGCUUGCGUCACUCGUUGCAAUGGAGGCCCCGCUCACCCCCAAGGCCGAUGACAUUCGCAAGGAGAAGCUCAAGUGCCUUCGCUGCUUCGAACAAGUCACAUCAGACAAUGUUGUGAUUGGCCAGUACACGGCCUCUGCCGACCACUGCGGGUACAGGGAGGAGGAGGGCGUGGGUGCUGCGUCCAACACGCCGACGUUUGCUGUUGCGCGGCUCAACAUCCGCAACGACCGCUGGGACGGCGUCCCGUUUCUUCUCAAGUGCGGCAAGGGCCUCAACGAGAACAAGGCUGAGGUUCGCAUCCAGUUCAAGGAGAACGCCGGGGAGAUCUUCAAUGGAACGCACCGCAACGAGCUUGUGUUGCGCGUGCAGCCAAAGGAGCAAGUGCAGCUGAAGAUGGAUGUGAAGCAGCCCGGAAUGUCAUUUGACACUGCGCAGACGCACCUGGACCUGUCGUACCCAGAGCGACUGCAGCUGGCAGCGGCGCCCACCGCAUAUGAACGCCUUCUCAUCGACGUCAUCCAGGGCAACACCACAAACUUCCUCACAGCGGCGGAGCUGGAGGAGGCGUGGCGCAUCUUUGCUCCCGUGCACGCCGACAUCGACGCCCGCAAGAUCCAGCCAGAGGCCUACACAUACGGAAGCCGUGGGCCCGAGUCUGCGGAUGCGUUUAUCAAGGACGCGGGCUACCAGUACGAGCAAUACGACGACAAAGAGGCGUGAUCACCACACACGCGCACACGCGUACACCCGUCACAGCGUUUUCAUGUUGCUUUCCAUUCCCCGUCUGUCUCUGCUUGCUUCUUUGUUCGUCUUGCUCUCAGUUGCUGUGCGUGCUUGCAUGGUUCAUUGAUGAUGAUUGACUCGUUCCAUGUUGUGUCGUUGUAAUAGAACCUUGUGCUGGGCAAGAGUGGUCAAUUGGCUCGUUGCACAACGACAAUGAAGACAGUGGCGGUGAUGAGGGGACCGAC